AUGGAACCAAAGAAUAAUACAGAAAUUUCAGAAUUCUUACUUCUGGGACUUUCAGAGGAAACAGAAAUGCAACCCCUUCUAUUUGGGAUUUUCCUCUCCAUGUACCUGAUCACUAUGACUGGAAACCUGCUCAUCAUUGUAGCCACCAUCUUAGACUCCCACCUGCACACGCCCAUGUACUUCUUCCUCUCCAAUCUGUCCUUCGUGGACAUCUGUUUCACCUCCACGACCAUCCCAAAGAUGCUGGUGAACAUCCAGACUCAGAGCAAAGGCAUCACCUAUGCAGGCUGCAUCACCCAGAUGUUCUUUUUCCUACUCUUCAUAGUGUUGGAUAACUUUCUCCUGACUAUCAUGGCUUAUGACAGGUAUGUAGCCAUCUGUCACCCUCUACACUAUACUAUCAUCAUGCACCCCUGGCUCUGUGUGUUGCUGGUUCUGGUGUCCUGGAUAACCAGUGUCCUCUAUGCCCUGUUUCACAGCUUAAUGGUGUUACGGCUGUCCUUCUGUACACACACUCAGAUCCCCCACUUUUUCUGUGAAUUUAAUCAGGUGAUCCACCUUGCCUGUUCUGACACCUUUAUUAAUGACAUUGUCAUGUAUUUGGGAGCCAUACUGCUGGCUGGUGGUCCCUUCACUGGGAUCCUUUACUCUUACCGCAAAAUAGUUUCCUCUAUACGUAAAAUCUCAUCAGCUCGAGGGAAGUAUAAAGCCUUUUCCACUUGUGCCUCUCACCUCUCAGUUGUCUCCUUAUUUUAUUGUACAAGUCUAGGAGUGUAUUUUAGUGCAGCUGAUAAAAAUUCCCACUCAAGUGCAAUAGCCUCAGUUAUGUACACUGUGGUCACACCCAUGCUGAACCCCUUCAUCUACAGUCUGAGGAAUAAAGACAUAAAGAGGGCUCUGAGAAGAAUGACUGGGAAGGAUACUAUAGUAGAAUAA